AUGACUUCUCAGGAGAGAAACCCCUCGACCGCGACUGCCGCUGCUGCUGCUGCUGCUGUAGUAGUAGUGAGUAAUGAUGGAGCGGUUUCAGCGGUGGAGAACGAUGCCAUUUCUUCUAAGGGCGAGUCCGUACAGGCGGGCCUCGCACGUAAGGCCCAAGUGUACGCCCAGCUCGCUCCGUCGGCCGAACCCCUUGUGUUGUGCGCAUCGGAACAGACAUUAGACAAAAUGCAUCAAGUUGAGGCCUACAACAACGGUGACAACAAUGAGAAUGACGGAAAAGACGACGCCGUCACAAAACACACUUCUUCUCACGUAGAGGAGGCGGAGAAAUUGUAUGCAAAGGCGGAGGCAAGUGUAGCAAAAGGUCUUUCCAGGUGUAUUGAUUGGCUCCACGCACGGGAUCUCUUUCACGAGGCCGGCGCCCUUUUCGCCACCGGCGGGCAUGCGGAUGCAGCCGCCAAGGCGUUCCUACACGCAGGUGUCAUCACACAAGCGUUUAAGAGUGAGAGUGAAACGAUACUGAUGCUCUCGCUUGCGGCAGAUAAUUUGCAAGUGGUGCAGCCGGCCAUUGCCGUGGAUGUGUUGAAUUUUCUUUCCAACGCGUUUUCAAAGAGCGGUCUUGUCAUUCAGGCAGCGCGUUGCAAGCGGGACGCGGCGGAAUUGUUGGAUUACCGCCUCGAGAUGCCGGUCCAGGCGGUCCAAACGUAUAAAGAGGCGAUGCAGCUGUUUGGGGACCGCAACGUCACAAAGUCUUUCACCCGCGGUUGCAUGGAGCGGAUCUCCGCGCUGACUGUCCUUCAGUUAAAAUUUGUCGAGGCAUCGGAGUUGUACAUGGAAGAGGCGAAAAUGGUACAGCGGUUUCUCCCCAAGACGAGGCAAUUUCUUUAUUCACUACUGUGCUUGCUUGCCAAUGGCUUUGGCAGUGAUGAUCGCUACUUUGAUGCACUUUACUACACACGUAAGAAGUUUGAUGCCCUGCAGGAGGAGGAGAGGCAUUUUCAACAAGGGAAGGAGUACACCCUCAUGCGUCAACUCAUUGACGCCAAUGACCACGGCUCACUCAAUGAAUUUGACAUUGCUGUGUUUACAUAUAAAUCAUGUGCAACGUUUAAGCCUGAUAUUGUCUUUGACAUACUCAUUGAACGGUGCCGUUCCAACCUUUACGAACAUAUGGAGCAAUACAUGUAA